AUGAAUGUAAUGGGUGGACAGCGAGUGUUGGCGUCCACUUCGGGCACAACUGCCCCGAUCUCGACGUGUGGGCCGAAUGGCAGUGAUCUUUGGGCCAGUCGUCAGUUGGAGUCAUGUCUUCGUUCGUACGGUUUGUUUGAAAGCGCGGCCGAAACGGAGCGCCGGAAGAAUGUGUUGUCGAGACUCAACCAAAUCGUCCAGAAGUGGGUCCGAGAGGUGUCGGCCAAGAAGAUGCCCAAACAAAGCGCUCAACUCAUGGCCGGCAAGAUAUUCACGUUUGGUUCGUAUCGGUUGGGCGUUCACACGAAAGGGGCAGACAUUGACACUCUUGUGGUGGCGCCGAGACAUGUCCAGCGCUCGGACUUUUUCGACACUUUCCCGAAGAUGUUGUCUCAGAUCCCAAACUGUGAAUACGUUCGCGCCGUCAGACAGGCCUUCGUUCCCGUCAUUAAGACUAAGAUAGAGGGCAUAGAAGUAGAUGUUGUGUUCGCCAAACUCGCUCUCAACAACAUUCCUCAAGACCUGGAUCUGAGCGACGGAUCGCUUCUGAAGAAUAUUGACGAGAAGACCGUCCUAUCGUUGAACGGAUCGCGUGUUGCGGACGAUAUCCUACGUCUGGUACCAAAUCGCGAGUCUUUUUGUCUCGCCUUAAGAGCCGUUAAAUUGUGGGCAAAAAGACGAGGAAUUUAUUCAAAUGUUUUGGGAUUUUUUGGAGGCGCGUCGUGGACACUGUUGGUCGCGCACACGUGUCAGCUCUAUCCGCGCGCAUCGGCGGCCACAUUACUCCAGAAGUUCUUCGAGUUGUUCCGCCAGUGGGAGUGGUCUAAGCCGGUCCUUCUUCGUCGCAACAGCGAUGACGAUCCGAGUCUCGGAUUUACUGUUUGGGAUCCGCAGAAGAAUGGGAGGGAUAGACACCAUUUAAUGCCGAUAAUCACGCCUUCAUAUCCGCAACGAAACUCCACUUAUAAUGUCUCGAAAUCGACAAAAACUAUUAUAAUUAAUGAAUUGAUUCGCGGCUCACAAAUCAUUAACAACAUUAUUAGCGGUGACGUCCCGUGGGAUUCACUCUUCGAAUCGGACGAGAAUUUCUUCAUAAAAUACGAACAUUUUAUUGUUCUUCUCGUCUCACCGGACGCCCAAUGGAUGGGUUUAGUCGAGUCUAAGAUCCGUAUUCUCGUCCAAAAGCUCGAACGCCACACAUGUAUACGAUUAGCUCACGUGAACCCCAAGUGUUUCACUGGUAGUCGCACUCAUACUUCACUCGUCCUCCGGUCGCGUACUGUUUGCGCGCCUAAAGACAAUGCGAAGACCCAAACGAUAAUGUGGUUCAUUGGCAUUGAGUUCAAUAAAGGUCAAGGAAUUAACGUCGAUCUCACGCGUGAUUUCCAGAGUUUUGUUCAAAUGGUGACAAAUGUGGGCAAAUCGGGAAACUUCUUCAAACCAGAGAUGACUUGUGACACAAAACGCGUGAAUUGGAAAGAACUGGAAAACUAUUUACCGACAGAAGUGUUCAAAACUAUGGAAACCGCAAAAAGUGCCAAAAUUUGCGGCAAAAGAGGUCUCGAAUACACGAACUCGAGUCCAAAAAAAGGUAAAACUGCCCUCAAGACUCAACUCAUACAAGUUUACAAAGUAAACUAG